UUCUGAGAGGACGAGUUGAGGAAAAAAAACGGGGGAAAAAGAAAAUACAGGGGUUCUGCGGAGUCGCGUAGUUACAACAUCCAUGGGUGGCUGUGUAGGCAGUCACCAUGAUUCUUCAGGCAGUUUAAACGAAAAUUCGGACGGAACUGGAGUUGCCCUGGGGCGGAACCACUCUCUGAAGCGGGACAAGCCCAAAUGGAAGAGCGACUACCCCAUGACGGACGGGCAGCUGCGGAGCAAGCGCGAUGAAUUCUGGGACACGGCGCCCGCCUUCGAGGGCCGCAAGGAGAUCUGGGAUGCGCUCAAGGCCGCCGCCCACGCCUUCGAGAGCAACGACCACGAGCUGGCGCAGGCCAUCCUGGACGGGGCCAGCAUAACCCUCCCGCACGCAGAAGAUGUGCCAGUUAUUCGGAACGUGCCCCUCCCAACCCCCCUUCGCUUCAACCUAACUGGGCAUCAUCACACAGGGUACUCCCUUUGCUUCAACCUGAUUGGGUAUCAUCACACAGGGCGCCCUGACGGAGUGCUACGACGAGCUAGGGAACCGCUACCAGCUGCCAGUCUACUGCCUGGCCCCGCCCAUCAACAUGAUCGAGGAGAAGAGCGAGUCGGAGGCCCCCGAGGCGCCGCUGGAGCACCCGGCCGGCUCGGGGCAGGAGUGCCAGCUGCGUCUGCGGCUCUCCACGGGGCGGGACCUGCGGCUGGCCGUGCGCACCGGCGACUCGGUGCGCCACAUGAAGCGCCGCCUGCAGGCCGCCGAGGGCGUGGCGCCCGCCGCCCAGCGCUGGUUCUUCUCGGGCCGGCCGCUGGCCGACCGGAUGACGCUGGAGGAGCUGAAGAUCUCCCGGGACUACGUGGUGCAGGUGAUCGUCAGCCAGCCCCCGGCUCCGGCCCAGGCUCCGCCUCCGGCCACGCCCCCGCCCGUGCAGGACCCCACACCUGUGGAAAACUAGCUCGCCCCUCCCCAUACACCAGGGGCGGAGUCAACAGGAGAGAAGCUGCUCUCGGAGCAUCUUUAUGGAUAUUAUUAUCGGUGUUAUGAGAGCUGCUGAACAGAGGAGGGUGUUCUGCAAGUUUUCAUGCCCCCCCCCCACCCCCCCACGGCCGUAUGGCCGAUGAUAUCCGGACACGACCUGGACUGCACAGGUAGACUGGGGGGUGAGUCCUUGGGGGGCGUGGCUGAGGAGAAAAGGGCGUGGCCCAGCAGGACUGAGGAAUGCCAGGCUCGACAAAGAGAGAAGGACGGCAAGUUAUCCGGCUGUCUGGGUUUUUUUAAACUCUACUUUUUGAGAAAACUUCUUUAUUUUCUUUUCUUUUUAAAGAAAAAAUAACAAUAAAAUUGUUUGGGGUUGGGGAGGGCAGGAGAGUCAGCUGGGAGGGGGGAGGAAGAAGGGAAGUGGCUUGCUUCCAUGGUCGGGGGGGUGUUGGUGGUUGGAUAUUUUCUCGCGGGAAGGCGAGGGGGGAGUGUUUGUCCCCGUGGGGAUUCCGGCAGGUUUUCAGGCCGACGGCGGCCAGCCGCACCGAGCGUCGAUCGCACGCAGAAAACAAUCAGGAAGUGGGGUUUCUCCGCUAUGAUGUGUUUCCUCUUUGUGGGGGGGUCAUCUGGACUACAGGUCACGCUUGGAUUCACUCUUUAACUCACCUGCUGGGUUCUUGCAGGAUAAAAUGGCUUUGUGAAAUCUGAGGGGAAGAAUAUGCAGAGGUCUACCUAACCCUAGCAUCCAGUUUGUCAUGAAUAAGUAUCUAAUCCUGUACGAUAGACCAUCAGGCUCACUGUUUGUCUGUACCUGAAUGUAGAAAGCUGGAAGUGGGCUUGGUCAUCGUAGGCCUGUCCCCUCAGCCCUUAAAGAAUUUAUGCUUUCUCUCAAGUGCUUAUUUAGGUUUGCACGUGACAAGGUUUCUACAGAACAGUGCUAAGGUAGUCCGCUUCACGUAGUUUUCUUUCUGCAAUAUUUUAUUUUAUUGUUUGUGUGUGUGUGUCUGUGUGUGUGUGUGUGUGUGUGUGUGUGUGUGUGAGAGAGAGAGAGAAAGAGACAGAGAGAGAGAAAAGAGUGAGGGAGACAGAGAAAAAGAUGCAUGCUGUAGUGUGCAUAGAGUUGACAGUAUACACUAAAUGUGCGUGAGGGAGAGAUGGUAUUUAUGCAAGGGGGAAUGAAGCUGAACCAGACUGGUACAGGUCAUUGCUUUCUGUGUUCAGGGUGUGCAGGUAUGCAGGUAUGCAGGUACAAGCCAUGCUGUGGCAGCACAGGGUUGCUCUACUGCAACUGUAGUCAUUCAGGUGGGAUGUAUCCAUUUUAACUCAUUCAUCCCUGUGCUGUUACAAUACUAUUCAACAACAUUUCUCAUUUUCACCAGGACGCCAUGUUUUUUCAACAGUAAAUAGCUGUAUCCACAUAACUUCAUAGAAAUAAAAAAAUAAAGGAUAUUUUCAAAUUUUCCAACAUGUUGUACUCCACAUUUCAUCUAAUUAUUUUACAUGUAAAUGACUUUAUGUAUAAAGUGAAAACAUAAACAUAGCUGCAUAGCUUUUUUUUCCUUUUCCCUGUUGAUUUUUUUCUCCUGGUUUCUGUUGGAUUUUGUAUUUUUUUCAUGGAUUCAUGAGAGUAAUUGAAGUGAUGAUGCUAUGCUUGUGCCUCGCAAGAGUGGAGUAUUAAAGCAGUGAAUGCCUGUAGCAAUGCGGAGCCCAGAAUGAUUCCGUUUUUAACAGUUACUUCAUCGCUAUGGUUAUGCCUAGCUUUUUUUUACUGACUUUUUUCUCCCUUUUUAAACUGAAUAAACACAAAGUAUUAAAGACUUUUUAAGCAA